AUGGCCGACGCCAAGCGAGUUGUAGCCAUAGCGAUGGACGGGAGCGGAGAACUCGGACUAUGCCUUUCAAUCAAAGACCACGUCAUCUUUGUCCACUGUCCAGAAUAUCGGGCUGUUGUCCACUCAAGUAUGGUGAUGACUGACAUGGCUAUAGUAGCAGACCAACUGGAGGUGGAACAACAUAGGAUCAAAGAAUUCAUAGAGCAGCUGGGGAGGAGGCUGAAGAAAUUAUGGGGCAAGGUAAAGAGCGUGAUCGGCAAUCCAGGGGAGGUAAUCGUGCGUAUUGCUGAUGAAGAAAACGCCAGCAUGAUCAUCACUGGAGCGCGAGGGAUAGGGAAGAUACGGAGGACGCUUCUCGGCAGCGUCAGCGACUACAUUGUACACCAUUCUCACGUGCCAGUUACAGUGUGCAGGCGGUGACCGACUUCCCGUCGUAGCGUUACCGGAGUAUACAUGAAAUGGGAGAAGCAGGAGCUAAAUUUACAUCUCAACUGCAGAAUGUUUAGAUUUUAUAUGUUGUAUGUCAGAAUUGCCCCUGAUAAGAAAAUUAGAACAUAUGCCCUCAAUACUCUGCCAACUCAUGAAUUCAAAUCGUCAUAUAAGAAGUUAUGUUUAAAGAAGUAGCAGACCAUGGGUUAAACGACAUUUCAGGAUAUCCCAUUUCGAUAUCUAAACAGUUUUCCUAAUAAUUGAUUGCAAGGCAACAUGUUGAACCCAUGGGUUGACUUCGGUUCAGCCAACAAUUCGACAUAUCCGAUUUCGAUACCUAGUCAGUUCCACUUUUUAGUAUGUCAACAUACACCAACUUGUUAAGACUUGACUUAAUUUAACCGACGAUUCGGCAUAUGCUAAGUUUGCUAUGGUGGUUAAGAAUCGACUUAAUGACUGGUGAUUGUUCGACAUAUCCGAUUUA